UCCGCCCAUUUCUCUUCCCGUCUUCUUCUUUCGAUUUCUGGGGUGCAAAAGAAAGGGGCCAAAAAAAAAAAAAGUCCAUUCUCCGCCAAAUGAAAAUUUUCAAGCUUCUCGGCCAAAAUCCCGUUCUCCGUUACAGAAAACACUCAAUUGCCAAUGCCAUGGAGUUUCCAGAUUAUAGAGGCUCGUUUAAGGGUCUCUGUUCUCGUUCAGCAGAGGAACCGGAGCUUAAGGAUUUCAUGGAGUACAUGGAUUCUCUCAAGAACUACGAGAAAUCGGGCGUCCCCAAAGGUGCCGGCACUGAUUCCGACGACGGCUUCGAUCUCCGUCGGAUGAGACGCUUAUUGGAGCUUCUCGAUAAUCCUCAUUCCAAAUUCAAGGCCAUUCAUAUUGCUGGGACCAAAGGAAAAGGAUCAACUGCUGCAUUUAUCUCCAACAUCUUAAGAGCAGAAGGGUAUUCAGUUGGUUGUUAUACAAGCCCGCAUAUCCAGACUAUCCGAGAACGUAUAUCGUUGGGAAGAUUGGGCGAGCCAGUGUCAGCAAAGGCUUUAAAUGAUAUUUUUCAUCGAAGUAAAAAGAUUAUCAACCAGGCGAGGGAACUUGAAAAUGAGCGUAUUAGUCAUUUUGAGGUUCUGACUGCAAUGGCAUUCAAAUUAUUUGCUCAGGAGAAUGUUGACAUUGCAGUUAUUGAGGCGGGGCUGGGGGGUGCACGAGAUGCAACUAAUGUCAUCUGUGGCUCUGGACUUGUGACAUCAGUUAUUACCACAAUAGGCGAGGAACAUUUGGCUGCCCUUGGGGGGUCUCUGGAAAGCAUUGCAAUGGCGAAGUCAGGAAUUAUUAAACACAAGCGCCCAUUGGUUUUGGGUGGGCCAUUUCUCCCGCAUAUUGAGAAAAUUCUUCGAGAUAAAGCGUCAUUGAUGUCUUCACCUGUAGUAUCAGCUUCUGAUGCUGGAAACCGAAGUAGAAUCAAGGGCGUUGGCUUGCUAAAUGGUAGACCUUGCCAAUCUUGUGAUAUAGUGAUACAAGCUGAUAAAGAUUUAAAACUGUCCUUUGAGUUGUUCGAUGUAAAACUAUACAUGCUUGGGAGCCACCAGCUUCAAAAUGCAGUCACUGCCACUUCUACAGCACUUUGCCUUCGUGAAUCAGGGUGGCAAAUUUCUGAUGGAUCUAUUAGAGCUGGUUUAGAGAAUUCAUGCUUGCUUGGAAGAAGUCAAUUCUUAACGUCCAAGGAAGCUGAAAGAUUGGGACUAUCUAAAGCAAUGAUAAUGUUGGAUGGAGCUCACACCAAAGAAUCUGCUAAAGCAUUGUUACAUACUAUACAAAUGGCAUUUCCCGGGGCACGCAUGGCUCUUGUGGUUGCUAUGGCCAGUGACAAAGAUCAUGUUGGUUUUGCAAGGGAGUUCCUUUCAGGUGGACAAAUAGAUGCCGUCCUUUUAACUGAGUCUAACAUUGCCGGGGCCAAAUCUCGAACAACUUCAGCGUCAUUCCUAAAAGAUUGUUGGAUCCAAGCUUCCAAAGAGUUGGGAAAAGCUUUUCUUCACGACGAAAUGGCAGAAUACCAGGAUUUGCUUGAUGCUCAAUUUGACGGCUCCACGAGUGUUUUGAAAAAUAAAAAUAUUUUGACCGCUGAGGCCUCGGUUUUAUCUUCGAUGAAGAUUGCGGAUCAGAUUCUGAGACGUAAGGCGGAUAAUGGUUCUGGCAUUAUUAUAGUUACAGGAUCGUUGCAUAUUGUAUCGUCUGUAUUAUCUACUCUUCAUCGCUGAUUUUUUUUCCCCCCUUUUCCCUCAGCCCCAAAAACUUUUGAGUCAAAUUUUGUUAAGAAUCUUUUUGUUUAAUUCAUAUGUUGUAAAACUUUAAUGAAAAUCAACCAGUAGACUGACUUUUCCAGGGAAAAAAAUUGUACAUUCACAAGGAA